AUGUCCAACGAACCUAAAGCACCUCUUGUCAAAUUAAAUUCUGGCAAUUAUAUUCCUGUCCUCGGAAUAGGCUUCUACCUUACUCCAGAAGAUGAAGCUGCCAACAUUGCCUACGAAGCCUUGAAAACUGGCUACAGAAUGUUGGACUCUGCAGAGGCCUACGCCAAUGAGCGUGGGGUAGCAGAAGGAAUAUCCCGGUGGCUAAAGGAGGACCCCACACACAAUAAGCGUGAGGAUGUGUUUUUCACCACAAAGAUUAAUGAUAAGUUCCACGGUUACGAGGAAACUAAAAAGGCUCUAAAGGAUUCGCUCGAAAAGACCAAUAAGAUCGGCUACAUCAAUUUAGUGCUUGUCCACUCUCCUCAGUCGAACUAUGAGAAAAGACAUGGCACUUGGAGGGCUCUCCAGGAAGCUGUGGCUGAUGGUAGUGUAAAGAACAUUGGAGUGUCUAAUUACGGUAUUAAACACUUGAAGGAGUUAUUGAGCUACCCGGAUUUAAAGGUGAAGCCAGUUAUCAAUCAGUUGGAGUUGCAUCCAUGGUUGACGAGAGAUGAAUUGGUUGAUUUUUGUCGGAAGCAUGGAAUCGCUAUUGAGGCUUAUUCGCCUUUAACCAGGGCCAAGAAGCUCGACGAUCCAGAUUUGGUGAAGUUGGCUUCCAAAUACGGUAAGUCUCCUGCACAGAUUUUAAUUCGUUGGUCCUUGGAUAAAGGAUUUAUCCCAUUACCAAAGACUGUACAUUUACCUAGAUUGGCUCCAAACUUUGACGUUUUUGAUUUCAAGUUGGAUGCAGAGGAUGUUAAGCUACUUAAUGGAAAGAACGAAGAUUUGAAGUUUUGUUGGGACCCUACUGUCUAUCCGUUAGACAAUGAAAAGACUGAAAAGAAAUAA